GUUGUUGUCAUGGCGACCAGCAAGAACUUUUUUUUUUUCAAUUUAUCGCUGGAGUCCAUAUAUUCCUCAAUACGCCAAUCUCCAUAUCAUUUCCUCUCUAUUUCUCAUGACAGCUGUAUAACUCCGACGCAAUGACAUGUUUGUUUUCGUAAAUAGUAUCUUUUUUUGACUGGUGUUAAAGUUUAAUAGUACAUUGAUUGACAAUUAUGAAAACCUUUACUUUGCUACACAUUGGAGUUUUCGUUUUUAUGACAAGCAUCAGAUUUUCUAAUGGACUGUCCUGUAAAGAUGAAUUAAACCAAGAUGUUGACUGGUAUGUAAUGUACAAACUGCCAAAAAUUAAUGGUGAAAAGAAUAAUCGAAUGAUGAUUAAUGGAUCUGCGUAUGCCUUUAUUACAUCUGCAGCACCAGGUCCAUGGAAGUUAUCAGGCAAAUCUGUAUUUUCAGACUCAAAUAUGAUGGCAAACACAUUGAGAGAUUUUCAUAUGAACAAAGAGGAGCUUACAUACAUAAUGUACAACGAUGAUCCACCUAAAGGAUUUUCUGGUUCAGCUAAUGGUCAUCUGAAAGGUGUUGUGGCAUUUAACGAUGAAACUGGAUUUUGGCUGGUUCAUAGCAUUCCAAAAUUUGUAAGUCCCUCAAGCUAUGAGUAUCCUGAGAAUGCCCUAGACAAUGGGCAAUCAGUGCUCUGUGUUACUUUUAAGACUGAAUCACUAAAUGAAAUAUGCAAGCAAUUGCGGUUUGAUCAUCCAAAUAUAUAUGAAAAGGCACUCACAGAUGAAAUCAGGAAAACCCUUGAACCAGAUGCACUUACCAUUUUCAGCAAGAGGCCUAACUUUGUAAGAAAACCACCUUUAACAAGAGUCACAUCUAUGCGUAGUUUAGCAGGCAAAGAAUUUGUCAGUUUUGCCAAAGAUAAUCAGUUUUUGCAUGAUCUCUAUGACAGUGUGAUUGCCCCUGGAUUAAAAACUUCACUAAUGGUGGAAACCUGGCGUAGAGGGUCUGGUACGAUUUUACCUCCAUCUUGUGAAUCCAAAUUUGACGUCCUUGAUGUGGAGUCGAUAAAUAUGACAUUUCCUCAGAGAGGUGGCAUUGUCAGUGCUGCUUUCAAGUAUACUGAAGAUCAUAGCAAAUGGGCCAUAUCUCCCAAAUUUUGGAUCUGCAUUGGUGACAUGAAUCGAAUGGAAUCUCAAGAGCGGAGAGGUGGUGGUGCUCUUUGCUUUAUCUCAAAACAAAUAUGGCGUGCAUAUAAUUCAAUAAUCAGUGCUUCUGAUACUUGUGAAAUAUAAAAUAAAUAAUACAGUGUAAAGAUAUUUCUGUAUCUGAAGAUUAAUGAUCGAUUGUUUGAAAAUAUGUUCUUGACAUUGAAACUGGAAGCUUAGAAAUCAUGGAAUAUUAUAAUAAUUAAAAUAUUUAAUUUUUAUUCUGUGUACUCUUUAUUAUUAAACCUA